AUGGGCAAGCCGGCAGGGCACAGGACAUGCCUGGCAUCCGGGCGGGGCGGUCUGGUCUGUGCAGGGUACCAGAGCUACACCGCAUACUCGUACCAGUACUGGUGUUGUAAUAUUGAGCAAGCCAGUUCAUGUCCAAGUACUCGCGCUUCGUAUUGUACAGUUUUGCCCGGCUACCCUUUCGAGGGCACCACCAAGGUGCCUAACGUGAAAAGGACCAACAUUAACCGAGUCAGGUCGGGCCUGACGUCCCCGGUCGAGGUGAAUCGAGCACCAUUGGAGGCAGUCGUAUGUACUGGCACCGGUUGGGCAGCAAGAGCCUUGGUGCCUCAUUGUGUGGUACACCAAAGUGCGAAGCACGAUAGCUUGACGCACGAGGAUUCAGGAUCAAGGUUUCAUCGAAUGAAGGCUGUCAACCCUACAAGUACGAAGUACAUCUCGUUUGUCCUCUCGCUUCCGUUGGACAGCUAG